GAAGAGGAGAAAGAGGAGGCAAAGAAAGCCAACAUCAGUUUUGGUGAUUUCUUGUCUGACCACCAGACGCUUACAGGGGGUGACAUUGUGGAGACUCCUGCCCCUCUACAAACCACACCCCCAAAGGAUCUCCACAAGAGACCAGGCCUGCUCCUCUUCUCCAUCCCUCCAGAGGAGGAAGUGCAGCAGAAGACGGAGAAAGUCAACACACAGGAGAAAGAAACAAAACAAGGCUAAGGUGCAGAAGGUAGAAAAGAGUUUUAAUCCUGUUGUUAGUUACUGAAAUACAGUGAACUUUUCUUGUCUUGGACUUGCGUUGUUCAAAGCACAUCAUUAAUGAAAGUGUACAGUGCUGGUUUGACUUUAUUUGUAGUGACUUUUAUCAAGAAUAUAUACACAUUACUUUAGGAACAAGUCUCAUGUGUUACACUGUCUCACCUGUUUAGCUUAAUAACUGUUUAAAUACUGAAUGACUUAACACUGGGAGAUAUUAAAGCCUAGUUUAGUCCAGUAGUUUUAGUGCUGUAGCUUGUACUAUUACUUUAGAACCAUUACAUUGAUCCUGUGUGUGUUCUUCCAUCAGACUCGAUCCCAGAAAAAGCCCAGGGAACCGGUCAGUUUCUUCAUUCCCCUGAUGGAAGAAGAGAAAGAGGAGGCAAAGAAAGCCAACACCAGUUUUGGUGAUUUCUUGUCCGACCACCUGGCGCUUACAGGGGGUGACAUUGUGGAGACUCCUGCCCCUCUACAAACCACACCCCCAAUGGAGACUGAGCCAAACAACACUCCUGAGCCUGCUCCUGUUGAGGUCCAGCCUUCAGAGCCUCAUCCCUCUGCCUCUCCUAGUAACCCAAAAGAGAGGAAGAAGUACAAUCGGGAAUUCCUGCUGCGUUUACGCUUCGUCAGUGCCAGCAUGCACAGACCCGAGGGUUUUCCGGACAUCCCCGGCGUCGUUCUGGACAAGGUAAACAUGACAGUUAGUGACAUGACGCUCUAUAGGAGCACAGUGCUUUACUCAGUAUGAAGCGUCAGGCUAAUGUAUCACUUUUUAUUGCCCUGGAGCAGGUCGAGGACCUGUAAG